UGAUGUGAUGUGAUGAGGCGACCAGGAUGCUGAAGACUGAGAGGCAGGAGCAGGAGUGACUGCAUUAUUUACAGGCUGGGAUAUAUUCCCUUGCAAAUGGAGCCAUAGGACAGACCGUCUCUGCCCCAGAGAAAGUGACAGGCCGGGCAACUCUGUGGGAGGGAAGGGAGAAGGGUUUUGGUUUUCCCAGCCCAACGUCCUCCUCCUAACAAGGAUUAAAAAGAGACUCUGGUUAUAUCUGGACGGUGCGGAUAAGUCACGCUCUCGGGACCGCGUCUUUUGAACCCAUGGCUCGCGCCCCACCUUCACCUCUGACCCCGAGCAACAUCCCACGCAACCUGAGCUACAUCGCCGGCUUGUACGAGCGGGCGUACUACCGAACCGCCCGGCCGAGCCUGGCGGAGGACUCCGGCACCGAAGGGUCAGAGUCGGAAUCAGAAGGGCGUCCUCGGAGCAGGCCCCGGAGACGUCGCCACCUCUUCGGGGGCCCGAAGAGGAGAGGAAGGCGCCGGACGCGCUCGGCCCCGGCCCAGGGCAGGAACCGAGGGGUCUCGCGGAGCCGCAGUCCCGGCACCCGGAAGAGGGUGCGCUUCGCCGACUCGCUGGGUCUGGAGCUCACCAGCGUCCGGCAGUUCUGGCCCCACGACCUGCCCCAGGUGCCGGAGCACGUCCACACCCAGUUGAGGCGCGACUCGCUGAGCCACUUUGCCCCUUGCCUGCCUUUCUGCCCACCUGUGAAGGAUUCGUUCGGCCCUUUGAGCCUACGAUGCCAGCUGGAACCCACCUUCCCAGAUCCGCUGAUGAUGCCCGAUUUUGCACCACGUCUCCUGGCACAAUGUGUGUUGCUUGAAGGGGCCCGAGCCGAGGGCUCCUGCGUCUCCGGCACCAUUCGGGUGCUCAACCUGGCCUACGAGAAGCGGGUCUUUGUGCGCUACAGCUGGGACGCUUGGGCCACCCAACACGAAGCUCGGGCAUCCUACGCCGCUCCGGCGGGGCGGGACAGGGACCACGCCGACCGCUUCGCCUUCCGCCUGCCGCUGCCUGUCCCACUCCCGCCGGGCGUCUUUCUCGAGUUUGCUCUGGGCUACCUGGUUGGGGGGAAGGAGUUCUGGGACAACAACCAAGGCCGCAACUAUUCCUUGUGCCCCCCACCCUGUGUGGAUGAGGAAGACGAGCCCCCCAGUCCCACUCACGACUGCUGUGAGACGGGGUGGAUACACUUCCUCUAGGGGGAAUUGACCACCGUCGUCCCAGUAAAUUAAGGGGGGAAUCUAGAAAGCCAAAGAAAAGAGCAAAGCAAGGGGGGAGGCUCGCCAAAAGUCUGUUCAGUGUUCCUUCCCCUGAGCCCAAGGAAAAUGUUGGGUUGAAACUCUCUCUCUAUAGGCCAAGGAUUGACCCACUCAACUGGAGUUUGCUGGGGGCAACUCAGACGCCGAGCAAAACGAAGGUGGCCAUUUUAAGCUCAGAUG